GAAAAAAAAAAAGAAGAGUUUUUCUUCUUCCUACGUUUCACACUCUCAGCUCGCAUAAAGAAUUCCAACAUCCUUCCAUUCACCCGCAUCUCUCUUUCUAUCUGUGCAAGGAGAUAGCAGAGGAUGGAGGGCGUUGGGGCCCGUUUGGGCCGUUCAUCAGCCCGGUACGCCCCAACUACGGUGUUCAGCGGCCCCGUGCGGAGGUGGAAGAAGAAAUGGGUUCCGCUCUCAAACCCUAACAACUCAAAUUCCAACAACAACAAUCACUCUCAUCUCCUCCUUUUCAAAUGGACUCCGAUCGCUUCUAGUAAGGAUGCCGCUUCCGCCGAUGCGACGCCACCAUCCGCGUCCGAGGAGGCUCCUCGGAGGAAGUUCCGUUACAUACCGGUAUCUAUCCUUGAACAAAAACAAGAGGUUAAUGUAAAAUCGGAUGAUGAGAGCAAACCUGACGAUGUUGGUACAUCGUUGCAACCAGCUCAGGGUAAUGGUUCUGAUGGAAACACUGAAGGGAGUGAUGUCUUGAUGGAGGAAGCUCAGGUGUCAAUUCGUAAACAUGUUUUAUAUAGCCUGGUUACAACCCACCUUACGAAGUGCAUUAAGGACAUAGUUGAUGUUCAUAUGGUCGAGAAGUAUAAUCUGUUUAAUAAAACUCAUUAA